CAGCGCUACGCUUGUGAAACCACCACCACCGUUUCAUUGAUUCACAGACUUUAAACACACAACAUGCAAACAAGAAGGUAAUGACAGGUCUCAUUGUAAUUAUAUUAAUAACAUUUGCCUGUGACAGUUAAGCUCUACUAUAUCUCAAAGGAGAGAUAUCAACGCUGUCUCUGAAGGGAACUUGGAUACAACAUCUAGAAUCUUUUUUCUCCACUCUCUAACACUUAUAGAUCAUCAUCUUUGUAUUUUUCUAUUCGGAUACCUGCACGUUGCCAUUUAUGUCAGACUAAAUAACUGCUAUGACAGGGAAACUGGCGGACAAGCUCCCUCUUACCAUGAGCAGUUUAAUAAACACGAUUCCUGACAGUCUUUACCCAGAAGAGGACAUUCCGACGUCUAUGAACAUUUUCACCAAUACGGAUUCUAUAAACCACUACUCGCAAAUGAAUACAGAUAAUAUCAUGGAUCUGGGGAUGGGAAGUGAUAAGGGAAAUGCAGAGAUCCAGUACGGCUCUAGCUUCCAGUCCAGCCGCAGCGGGCAGCCUGUCACCUAUUUGGGGAAGUUUGCCUUCGAUACUCCUCCGUCGGGUGGAAUGGGGGGCUCUGGCUGGUGUUCAGACAACAAUAUCAUUAGUUUAGUAAGUGCUGGGAUCUUGGGCGUCUCCCCGUCGCCUGGCACUAUCACCACACAGACAUCGUCCUCUGGAGCCAGCAUGGGCGGCCAGUCCUCAGAUAUGGAGCAGGUCUAUGGUCCGCCACUGCCUGCUUAUUCCACCUGCAGCGAGCUGUACCAGGAUCAGGUCUCCUUCCACCACAGUCCUGCUACCAGCACUACCCUCGGCUACCCCAGCAAUGACUACCACACCACCUCCAAGCCCUCCAUGGACGGGAGCCUUUUCUCUAUGAUCCCAGACUAUAACCUCUUCCAUCAUCAGGGUGAGGUUGGCAUGAUGGAGCACAAGCCUUUCCAGUCCAUGGACCCCAUUCGUGUCAACCCCCCACCCAUCACACCACUAGAGACCAUUCGCGCAUUCAAAGACAAGCAGAUUCAUCCAGGUUUCAUGGGCGGGCAGCAGCAUGCUCCUCAGCACCACCAGCCACCACAGACACUAACACUCAAACCAAUCCGACCACGGAAGUACCCAAACCGGCCCAGCAAAACCCCUGUGCAUGAGCGGCCACAUGCCUGCCCAGCAGAAAACUGUGACAGACGCUUCUCCCGUUCAGAUGAACUGACACGCCACCUCCGCAUCCACACGGGUCACAAACCCUUCCAGUGCCGCAUAUGUAUGCGCUCCUUCAGCCGAAGCGACCACCUGACUACCCACAUCCGCACGCACACGGGCGAGAAGCCCUUCUCCUGUGAAUUCUGUGGACGCAAGUUUGCCCGGAGUGAUGAGCGCAAGAGACAUGCCAAAGUUCACCUCAAGCAGAAGGACAAGAAGCCGGCCGACAAGGGGAGUGGAGCGGCUGGCAGCCACAGCUCACCCCCCAGUUCCUGUGGUGGCAGUGGGGGGCCCAGCAGUGGCAACAUCAUGACUGUCACUACCUGUGCUUAGGAUGGACCAUCACCAUGCCCUAACAUAAGACUGGGGAGGGAGGGAUCCUAUCCACAAUGAGACAAAUAGGUGACUCUUUCUCUCUCUUUCUCUUACACUCCAUCUUUUUUCAUUUCUAUUUCCAUGUAAUAUUUCCCUCCUCUAUUUGGAGAUGUUAUCUUGUAAGAGUAGGGGAAGAAGAGGACAUAGACGGGAGGGACAGCAACUGUGUGAAUGUUUGCAAGCAGAGGGGCAUCAUGGCACCGGCUGUCCAAGAGGACAUGGCAUAUCUUUGAUAAUGAUAUUCAAGUUUCUGAAGUCAUACUUUAUCAUGUUUUCUGAGAAAUUCACCAAAAAUCUUGGAUGUGAUGGGAUUCKAAAAAAUUAUAAUUUGGGUUUAGAUUGAAUUACAACUGGGCGUAGAAUAAGGUGAGCUAUGUUUGGGAUGUAUGCAUUUAUUUCAUCUGGUUGUUUAAAAGUGCAAUUGGUUGUAUUUGUGUACUGUUGUUGAUACCUUAUUUGCUGCACAUUCCAUUGCCUUGUCUUUUUGUUGUAAAAUACUUUACACAUUUUUUUUUAUUAUUAUUGUUUCUCAAAAGAAUGUGCCAAACAUUUGGGAUAAUACUGCUAAGUUUGUUUUCUUAAUUGUGCCUGGGAUUAACCAAACAUUACAAAGACAUAAACUAUGUUUCCGACAUUGAUUUAAGGCAGAUUGUUAACGUUAGCCCCAAAAUACAUUUUWAUUUUAAUUUUAUUAUAAUUAGAGCAAUUAUAAGUAUCACAGUUACAACUCAGUUGGUCAAACUCCUUUUGCUAUAAACUCAAAAACAUCAGCAUAAAAAAAAKCCACAUGAAUCAUUGGUUUUGUCCAUCCAAACCCAAUCCUGUGUUCAAUGGACCAGUCUUUGGUGGUAAUCUAUUGUCGUCUGAUGCACACUAAAUAAAAUGGAUUGCAACAUUAAUGCUAAAUCUUCAUUAACUGAUGAAGAAUGUAACAUAUUCACUACAAAUUACACAAAUCCAUGACAGAAAGCUUAUUAAGAUACCCAAGAUAAAACAAAAAUCUAUAUUUUAAGUUUAGUGCUUAUGUUGCUUUAAAAAUAUAUAUAUUACCGUCUAUCUUCCAAGGGUUCCCCUUGGUCACAUUUAUAUGUGUAUUUAAAAGACACACUUGACCAAACUUUAAGUGAAAUGCUAAGAGCGCAGAGAAUAAGACUGAAACAUUGAAAUACCUGCAUCUAUACUGCAAGUCAACAACAUUUCUGAAUAACAGCAGAGAUGAAGAGGGUCUUUUAUCUGUGCAUUCACUGAGAGACCUGCCAGUUAUAUUCAUGUAAUUAGAGAUAUUGUAAAAUAAAAUGUUUUGCAUAUUGUUACAACGAGCAACAUCUUUAAGAAGUACUAUAGAAUCUACAUGGUAUUGCCAUGUUUACACCUACUAUUUUGAGAGAUCCUGAAUUUAAAAUGAUUAUAAUUUUUUGUAUAGUGAGAGAUAUAUACAGGUACUUCAACUUUUAUACCCAGACUGUCAAAGGCACCAUAUACUUCAGUAUUAAAUUGUGCAUUUGUAUGCAUGUGUAUGUAGACGUACAAUAUAUAAAAACAAAUGUAUACAUACACACAUUUCUUAUUGACUGAAUGCUUGUGCAGAAGGUGUCUUAAAAUGCUUCUUGUAAAGUAAUGACAAUGCAGAAAGUUUUGUGAACACAAGUCAUUGCAAAAGACUUGAGCAUUGACACAGUGCCAAAUGGGGUUUGAAAUCCAAAACCAUUAGAAAAACCAUUAGAAAAACCAUUAGAUUGUUUUGAAAUCUUCCAUUUCAAAACCAUCUAAUAUUAUUUGUACCUAGUAUAGGGUUCUUAGCAGAAAGUGGUUUGAGGAAACACUGUGUUCUUAAACUAAAUAAACAAAAAUCUUUGUAUUUCAAUUGCAAACAAACCUGUAAUGUAUGGAUUCCAAAGUUCAGACAAAUAUAUUGAAAAAAAGAAGCCUAGUACACAGUCUGCAACAUUUUUCACUAUCCACAUGGAUUUUUAUAUCAGUAUGCAAUAUACAGUCUUACAAGUGGCAAGUCUGGCAUUGACUGAAGGCUACGCUAUUUGAAUUACUUUAGAUUCAGAUAAAUACAUUUCUUACAAUAAUCUUGGGACACACUGAUUUAAAAAAUGCACUCAUGUGUGUCAAAUAUAUAAAAUCAUUAAACAGAUAGUCAAAUCAUAUAAUCUUAUAAUUUCAUUAAUGAUAACAAUGUAUAGGUAAUAAUGUACUACAAUUCAUUUGAGGGAUGUAAAUCCAAACUGUUUGGGAAUUGAUCCACUACAUUUGAGUGUUGUCUUCACUGUGCUCAAUGGUCUAGUCAGCUUUGGUCUUGGCGUUUCUCUGAUGUCCCCUGAAAGGGCAGUUAUUUUACCCCAUCUGGCCCUGUGCGCGAUAAUUAAUGCACCACAGUCAAAUGUGUUCUCUGUGUGUUUGAUAUGGAUUACUUAUUGUCAUAGCAGCUGUGCCUGAUAGCAAAAACUUUCACAAAUCUUGAUUUAAAAAUUUCAACAAAAGGUCAAAAACAAGGAUUUAUAAAUGCGUUGCUCACUAAAUUACAGCAUUCUCCAAUGUGCUUCCAAGGCCACAUUUCCUCUUUCCUGUGCAAACUGGUUUUCAUUGCUAGGCUUCCUGGCAAGUGUCCACUUAUUUUCCAAUUAAUUUGGCCCCAGAGUGUCUUUCUCCAGUUCAUCUACUGUAAAUGGGUAAAUGAACAGGCCCCUUGCAUUGUCUGACAGACUUGGCGAGUUCACACAUACAGUAUCAUCUCACUUAUUAUUUAAAUCAAUUGCUUUCUGAAGUGCAUUUUAGGACAGUUGUAUUCCUGGUGCCAAUUAUUAAUAUUUCCAGGACUUUGCUUGAGCUAGUUUGAUGAAUGGCAGGAAUUUAAAAAGGAUAGUUCACUGAUCAUGAUUAGUUAGCAAGUGAAUAGUAGUAAGUGGAAAAAUAAACGAUAUAGAAGGGGAAUGUAGAUGAUUACAGUCCAUCUAUAAUGAUAUUCAAAUAACACUGGUCUGUAUUGAUUCAAAACAUGUAUCAUUUGAAGUGGGAUUUGCCUUAAGCUAAGUGAAGAAAACUGUAUGUAUGGCUUGGAAUAUUCAGUUAUGGCCUUUAAUGUUAAAAGUGUGUGCAUAAGCAAGUGUAUCCAUCUUAACUUCUCUGGGUAAUUGAAGGGAUGAAAUUCUCAACAGCUGAGACGGGAUUGGCUCACAGGUGGAAAGGGCAAAUACAAUCUAUACUGAAUAAAAUAUAAAUGCAAUAUGCAACAAUUUUACUGAGUUACAGUUCAUAUAAGGAAAUCAGCCA